UUUCGUUCCCCGUGUACCCUCAACAACGGAUUUGAUGUGUAAGGUGGCAGCGACCGGCCACAAUUCGCUUCUGCACGGCAACCACAAGCGCGUCCGUUCGUUUUUCCGCAAACCCCGCUACACCCACUUCUGCUCCGUCUGGCACAUCAUAGAGGGACGGUCAGCAGGUACCAGCAGGAAAGCAGCCCCCGAUCGCAGCAGACCCCGAUCGACCGCGAAGGCAACAACCGCACCCCGGAAACAACAGGCGCACCAACAACGAACUGAACGUUUGCACCAACACCAGCAGCACCGCCCGCAGUGUCAGUGGGUUGGUUAGGCCGUUCGUGUUCCGCCGCCACACGGUAGAAAAAAGAAAUAAACAAUCCCAUCCACCCCGGAACGUGCCACGGAAGCGCGUAAAUCUUCCCAACGAUCAGCCUGUGUUCUGGCUGGCUGGCGAUCGCGACAUCGAAGUCGUUGGUGUCCAUUGGUACCGUUGGAAGUGCCAGUGCCGUUUUGCGGAAAAGUGCGGUCCAACAUCGGGGCGUUUCGGAGCAUGGGCUCGGUGUCCACAGUUCCAACCAGUGCAUUGGUUGCGUGAGCUUCACAGGGAAUUAGCUCCGUGGAAAGGCCCCCGUGGUCCCCUAGUUCGUGUCCGGAACAUCUCGCUCUAGCGUCGCGAUUCGCGAUUUGUGCGCUGUGACAAAAACCGAAGCGCCGACCAAAGUCGAGCAAACCCGUUCCGUGAUCGUUCUUCCUACCGGGCUGUCUGUCUGUGUUCGUAGCAGAUCUGCGUGCAGAUCAGAGCCACACAAUGGACGCAUAUUGGGAAGCAGCAAACGGGCAUGCACAGCAUUCCUUAAAAUACGAAAGUGAGGCUCCGGUGCAGCCUGGCUACACGUACUGCGGAGAGCCGGGAUUAAAUUUCUCCACCAACAGUACCAACUACAGUGAAGAUGAUGCCGACUUCGCACCCGGAAGGCGAGGCAAAACAUCACGGGUAAGGCACACUCAUCCCGCAGGCUUUACAAAAUCAAUCCAACAAGACCCACUGUCACACCGGAUCAUAGAGAAGCGCCGCCGCGAUCGAAUGAACUCCUGCCUGGCGGACCUUUCGCGGCUCAUUCCUCAGCAGUACAUGCGCAAAGGUCGGGGCCGCGUCGAGAAGACGGAGAUCAUCGAAAUGGCGAUACGGCAUUUGAAGAACCUGCAGAACCAGGAGUGUGGCCGAGAGUCGUCCUGCGCAGAGCAGUACCGUUUGGGGUACAACGAAUGUUUGACGGAGGCCGCCAAGUUUAUGUUGCGUGAGCGAGGCGAGGAACUGUGUUUCCGAAUGGUAGCCCACUUGAAAGAGCACUGCAAUGAUAUAAUGAAGGGCGAACUGUUGAAGUCCCGUUGUGGGUCAGAGCUAGCGAACGGUGGCAGCCCUAUAUAUCUGGCAGGGGCUCAAAUCGGUCACAUGCGCGAAAUGAUGUCGUGCCCGUCGGACAUUGAGCACAGCAGCAACGACCAUCAUGAUGUGAAGGAUCUAAGCUUCCGUAGUGCAACCAGCAGUAGCACAAGCAGCAACCACCACAAUCCUGCACAGGCGCCGGUCAUCACUUCUACCGCACCGAUCGUACAGCAUCACGAUACAUCGAGCAAUCACUCAACGCAGGAUUAUGAUGCGCCAUCGCCACCACGAAUUUGCGGCGCUGCGGGGCUGCAGCAGGACACAAAUAACAACCUGAACCAACAUGAGAGCGUUCUGCGUACGAUCCGCAUGCGCAAGUUCUCGGAGCACGCCUCACCCGAACACGAGCACAGCCACAACAGCUACAAGUUCAAGAACUACAUCCAACAGCGCUUUUCACAGGAUACGCACGAGAACGGCGCUCACACGAUGGACAUUGAUCGCAGUCCGAUGUCCGUGCACGAAGAUCAUCAUCAUCAUCCAAGUUCGUUGCGUGCCUCCCCGCUGACCAACGGUAGCACCGGAAGCCUUUCUGGUGUCGAUUCCAAAUCGUCAACCAGCACGAGCGUCAAGUCGCCCCCAGCACUAGCGUCUUCCUCGGACGAGCCGCUGUCCCUGAAGCGGAAGCUACCUGGAGUCUGCACGGAAGCCGCCAUCGCGUCGAUCUCAGCUCUGGGGAGCUCCCUGGAAAACCCCAACAACCAUCUCCAGCAUCACUCACAGCAGCAGCAGCAAACUAUUACUACUUCCGAUGGUGUGCCGUUGGAGAAGAAAGCGGCCAGCAGUAAGAACGGCCUAACCAUUGUGGCAUCGUCUUCCGUAGCGCCCCUGCCAACGGCGGAAAUCAAGCACGAACUGCUGGCAGGUACAACGAAUGUGUUAGCCGCAGGAAAUCCUACCGUUGCUUCGGCUCCGACACAACAGCACCAUCACCAUAAUAAUAGUAGCCAUCAUCAUCAUCACAGUUCCUACCAUCCGGUACCGAUCUUUGCCUGUCACACGCAAGGCUUCUAUAUUCCGCUGAACGUAGACUACGAAUCGCUGCUACCGUAUCUAAACGGAAUUGACCUGUUGAGUAAAAGUUUCCUGCAACUGCCGCCUCUACAUCCCAUUAGCAUCAGCGUAAACUACAGUCCAAUCGCACCUACCGGCACCGGUGGCAGUAACUUGGUGGUUAAAGCCACCAUCAACGGGUUGGCCACCAAUAAGUCCAAACUCGUCGAGGGUCUCAUCAGUGGAUGUUAGACGAAGCGAUCGUAAUGAGCAAAGCAAGUACGGCACGAAAAGUAUCAUACCCUGUUGACAUCUACUCAAGCGGAAUGCAUUUUUCUUUUUCUUCGUCGAUGUCUUUGUGACCGUUGUAUCAACUUGAAAAGAGUUUGUUUCGUCGGGAAAUAGUUUUUAUGUAACUAAAUAGCGGCAGAGCGCAAUUUGCAGUGGUGGGGCUUAAUCAACAACGGUGGUCAAGGGUACUAGAUGUCAGCGGAUCAGCCGUAUGGUUAGCCCACGUGGAUGUGGAACCAGCCAUACAGACAUUAUGAUAAAGAAGUAAAUCACAAUCAACGGAUGCCAACGAUCUUUUUAGUCAAUCCAUUGAUCUUUAGCUAAAACAAACAGCACAGUGCUGUAGUAGCUACAUAAAUAACAAAACUGAAGUUGCACAUAAGAAUCUAGCCCAUUGUAGGUUCGCUGAAAUUAUGAAAAGAGAUCCCUCGACGCAACCCAGUUCGGUGUGUAAUGUGUAUAUUUAAACUCAGGUAAACCUUUCCUUAUUUCCGAGCGUGCGCAUAGAUCGAUCAGUCUUUCCGUGGCCCCCUAUGUUGUUGUUACUGGUUACAGGAACAAAACAAAAAAUAGCAAGACAACUAAUAGAAACUAUAGAAGGACUUCAAUGACGGCUUAAGCUAAGCGCUAUCCGAGGGUAUGAAGGAACCCUGAAAGUCAUUCUUCCUAGCUUCUUUUCGGCAAACUCUGCGUCGGCAGAAGAGAAGCUAGCUUUGUAAUACACAAAUUCUCGCAGUAACUAUCGCCAUAACAACAACGUGAAAGAUCGAAACGAGCUAAACGGAAAGCGCCACAAGUACUGGACCGAUGAGUCAUUACUGUUAAGCGACGAGUGCUCGAUAUUCCAAUUUGUCGCCACGUGAGUCGCCAUUACUCAAACCGGAAGUUCUUUACUAAGGGAUACUAGUUUCGUGUUUCCUGCGUUCAAUUUCAACAGCUCAUAUUUUUUGUUUUAAUUUUGUCAUCAUUUACUUUCUUGUAACUAGAAUAAAAAAACUGUGAUACUGUGAAAAAUGUUAGGACAUUGUAUAGUGAAGCCUAAAGAAAAGUUGAGGUGAAACACGUAAAAAGCUACAGAAUGGUGGCCGAAAGAACUAGGCCACGAACAAUAAUGGAAAAUGGAAUGCGUUAUUGUCAGAGAGGAAUAAACAGAAUAGGAACAUGCUUUAACAAUGCAUUUGAUGCCACACCUGAUGAAAAGAAGACCGUUGAGAUAAAAGUGAUAGAAAAAAGUGGACCGACAAAGCACGCAUGAAACAGGACAAACUGCUUACUAUAAUUCCGGACGGACCACAGUAACAAUGUUGGCACUAUAUGUGCUAACGAAGAAUGAUGCGUAAGUGGAACGAUCGGAGCGAAGAGUUUCUUCCUUACCGCCAUCGUGAUAGAAAAUGCGAUUUGUAACUCCAUGUCCAUUUCGUCGCACGGCGCAUGAAGAUAUGCAAAGAAUGUGGGCUUAGCAAAGCAACAACCCUCUUUCAGAAACAGUAGAUAAUUUGUACUGAGGGUGAGACUUUUUUACUUCACCGCCUUUUUAUAUACAUAUUAUUGUGAACCACACAAGUAUCCUGACAGACCACCAUACUGAUGAAUGCAAACGAAAACUAUAAUGUGUCCAUUCAUUUGUCCAAAAAUUGGGCAAAACGUAAGUCCGCUUAAUGAAUAAAUAAAGAAGAGAUAAACCAAUAUCCAUAUACAUCUACGGUUAACAAAAUGUAGAACAAUAUGUGAAGCUGUGUAAAACAACUACUAAA